CUGUCUGCCGCCAAUAUGAACAUCUGCCGGGCUCGGCCAGAUGACCUGAUGAACACGCUGCACUGCAACCUGCUGUGCCUGCCCGAGAACUACCAGAUGAAGUACUACUUCUAUCAUGGCCUCACUUGGCCCCAGCUCUCCUACAUUGCUGAGGACGAGGAUGGGAAGAUUGUGGGCUAUGUCCUGGCCAAGAUGGAGGAGGAUCCUGAUGAUGUCCCUCACGGACAUAUCACCUCGCUGGCUGUGAAACGCUCCCACCGGCGCCUCGGCCUGGCCCAGAAGCUCAUGGACCAGGCUUCCAGGGCCAUGAUUGAGAACUUCAGCGCUAAGUAUGUAUCCCUGCAUGUCAGGAAGAGCAACCGGGCGGCUCUGCACCUGUAUUCCAACACCCUGAACUUCCAGGUUAGCGAGGUGGAGCCCAAGUACUAUGCAGAUGGGGAAGACGCGUAUGCUAUGAAGCGAGAUCUCUCGCAGAUGGCCGAUGAGCUGAGACGGCAGCUGGUGCUGAAGAAAGGCAGAUAUGUGGUUCUGGGCUCCAAGGAGAAUCAGGGUAGCACACUUCCUGGUCCUGAAGAGGCCAGUCAGCAGGAGAACCUGGCUGGAGGUGACAGUGGUAGUGACAGCAAAGACAGCACUGAUGUCCAAGACAUCAUGCAGACCUUGGGGUCCACCUCCUAGAGCCUGCCUGCCUGAGCACUGCAGGUCCUUGUAUUUUAGCCACAUUGUUCUCGGGAACCUUGCUCUGUGGUCCCUGAAUGGGACCUGAAAGGCUCUCCUUUCAAAGCUUUAGCAGCAACCUUCUGCAUAACCUGUGUGAUCAUGGAGGCACACCUAGACACAGAACCUGCUGUGCGGGAGUCAAGGAAGCCCGCCUGAGGACUGCUGUGCAGCCCCUUUCUUGGCUUCUCCACGCUGCUGUCAGAUUCUGCUCAGUACUGUUCUAACUGUGUAUCCUGCAGGUUUCCGCUUGGAAUGCCAAACAGGAAGUGCGGACAACUCAAGAUCCCCAGCUUCUGGCCUUUGCAUUAUUUAUCUGGGUUUUUUUUUUUUUCUUCUUGGAGUAGAAUCAUCAAGUACCCGCCCUUGCUUUCUGUGGAAACUGCCCUGCCCCGCCCUCCCUCUUUUUGAAGAAGAGUGGUCCCUUUCCUGUGGGAGAAGGUGAUAGGUAUUAGACUAAUAUGCAAGCAGAAUUUGUAGCUCUAAGGAAAGAACACGCAGAAAUUAAAUUGCAUUCUCUAACCUGAAAAAA